AUGUUCCAAGAAAGGCUUGGAAUGCCCCGGAUACAAUCGCCAGCUACGAUGGAUCAACGGAGUGGCAGCAAGGGGGUAUCUCCGGGGCCGGACCGUCCCAACCAGGGCAUCUCCUCCCGAUUCCCCACAAGCUGCCCCGAUCAUCAGGAAUCGAUACUUGGAUUGGAGCCGAAGAAGGUUGAUCUUGCUGCGUCUCCUAUCGUGGACAGUCUGCCGUCGUAUACCCGCUUCAUGGACUACUAUCGGCGGAACCUCGCAGGCCUCAUGGUCUGGUUAGAUUCCGAGGAGAACGACUAUCGAAAGCGCGUGGUCCCCCUAGCUGAAUACCGACCAGCCAUUGGAUUCGCCAUCAUGGCAUUUGCGGCUGAACACGGUGCGAUAGCCCACCCUCACGAAAACAUAGCCACGAUAGCCGAAACUGCCCGCGACAAGUGCCUUCAUCUGGUCCAGACCCGGGCGCAAGAGAUGACCGAAAAGGUCGCCGAAGGUUUCGAGCUGAACAGCCAAUCCGAUAUAGCCGACGCCGAGUGGAUGCUUGCAUCUAUUCUGAUUAUCAACAACUACGAAAAUGCGCGGUGCCGCCCAAAGGCGGCUGAGGGCCACCGGCGAGCGGCCCGUACGAUUGUCAAUCUAUUCACUCACUCGGUCUCGGCCGAAGGCCGCGAGCUCUUUGCUUUUCUCCGAAACCAGCUGGCCAUUGAGGAUGUGAUGGCGGCCACUACAACAUUCGAUGAAUAUCAUAUCAAGAAUGCACUCACCCCGGUUCCAGGGUCAGAGUGUCUGCUAUUCUCGAAGUAUCUUGCACUCCUACACCAAAUCACGCUUCAGUCAAUUAAGCUCACCGAAGAACCACACUCGACAGAGACUUCAGAAGGGCCCUUCACUAUCAUCAUGGUCCACUCGGAAUUCGAGCAAGCUAGAGGGGCCACAUUGAUCGCAGCAGGUCGUCUUGGCCUGGCCGGAUCGAUGAUAUCUCGCGAUUUUGUACGCCUGCCCUGA